UUUGGGCCGGACGCGGAGGGCCGGACGAAUUGGCCCCGGGUGGCCCCUGCGCUGGGGGCGGGCGCGCAGCCUCGCCUGUCUGUCAGCGCCCAGAAUAGCCGCCAGCAGCUCUGGCCUGGCUCGGGUUUCCCGCGAGGCCCGAGCUCGGGCCCACGGCCACCCCUGCCCCAGCUGCGCAUGCUGCCGUCGGGGGAGAUGGAAGUCAUCUUCGGCACCGGACCCCUGUUCAGCCGCUCCGACGCAGAGGAUAGCGAGGUGCAGCAGCUCACGGCGCGGGCCUACAGCAACCUCUCUCCGCCCGCCUCUUCCAUCCCUGCGGAACCGCAGCCCUUGGCCCCAGACGGUGGCUCCCGCUGGGCCACCUACCUGGAACUACGGCCCAGUGGGCCGAGUCCUGCCACCCCAGCGCAGUUCGAGUGUGUGGAGGUGGCGCUGGAGGAACGUGCUGCGCCUGUCAGGCCCCGGACGGUGCCCAAGCGUCAGAUCGAGCUGCGUCCCCGGCCCCGGAGUCCCCCGCGGGUGGCCACCGCGCCGCGGCCCCGACUCCUCCUGCGCACCGGCUCCCUGGAUGAGUCUCUGGGCCGCCUGCAGGCUGCCGCGGGCCUCGUGCAGACAGCGCUGGCCAGAAAACUAAGCCCCGUGACCUCUGCUUCAAGCAACGCCACUUUCGGACUCACGGGGCCGCCAGAGCCUGCGACCCCGGAGAAGCCCCGCGGUACUCGAGUGGUCCUGGAGGAGGCCAAAUCUCGACCACCCCGUGUGCAUUACAGUUCAGCCCCCGCCAGGGCCCCGCGACCGUGGCCUAGCCUCCGCGAGCGCGCAAUUCGGCGCGACAAGCCCACGCCGGGGACUGAGCCGCUAGGUCCGGUUAGUUCCAGCAUCUUCCUGCAGUCAGAGGAGAAGAACCAGGAGGCGCACAACCAGGAACCCAAAACUCGGUUCCCGCGACAGACUCCGGAUCGAACCGUCCUGAAGGCACAGAGUCCACCUUUAGAGUCCAGGACCCCCUGGGAGGUUUCGAGUAAGACUGCGAGGCCGAGGAGCCCAUCCCCGCUGUGGCAAGCCCCAAAUGGGACCCUGCGGGGUCCUCAAUGCCCCUCCCCCCAGAACCCGUCCCCGUGGAAUCGAGCUGUUCCGAGAGUGAGUAGCCCGCCGCUCCCUGAGGCAUCCUCCGCAUGGGAAAAUCAGGAUCCUGCUGUCACAGAAACUGUCAGCAGAAAGAGUACUUCUCCUCCGACCCUUUCCCAGUGGAAUCAGGGUGUCACCAGGGCACGAAGCCCAUCCCCCGAAGCUCCUUCCUCGUGGAAAGUUCCGCAUCCAACAGUCGGGGAUACAGCUGAGGGGAGUAGGAGUCCGUCCCCACCAGCCUUGUCCUCAUGGGAGGCUCCAUAUCGUCCUGUUGGGACGUGGAGCCCAUCGCCCCAAGAGACGUGGGACCCCACAGUGCAGAGCUCAUCGGUAGUAUCUAAGCAGGAAGCUAUGAAUGGAGUAGCCCAGGAGAAACUGGUGCUUCCCACGCCAUCUGCACCCAGGACUCCAGAGCUAACAGAGGCGCAGAGUCCGUCCACGCGGGAAAUGCCAGGUUCUGCCUUCCGAGGCAGUCAGCUGUCGCCAGAGGUGGCUGCACCCCAGCUGCCUCUCAGUCGCCUCGUGGGCACCCUGGAUGCCGAUGCGCAUCCAGAAGCCCUGGGCCCUAGAGAAGCGGCCUCAGGGCGUCCGCGCGUGGCCAUUCCUCGGCCUCGCGACGUGCGCAAGAUGGUGAAGACUACAUACGCACCAAGCUUCCCGGCAGGCACCCCAGGGGCAAGGCUGCCUGCGACUCCUGCGGACCCCCGCUUGGAGGAGGGCGGCGCAUCCAAGAGACAGGAGCUUCAGGCGCUUGGGUCCUCAGCCCCGGCUCACUACACUUCCGUUUUUCUCAAGGACUUUUUGCCGGUCGUGUCACACCCCUAUGACCCUCCAGAGCUGACGCCAGACACAGUCCCUCCGGAGGUUACGCAGCCCAACGGGGCCCUGAGGCGGAGGGCAGAGAACAGUACGGCGAAACCCUUCGCGCGCACUGAGAUCCGCCUGCCUGGCGCCCUAGCCUUAGGCCGCCGGCCGGAGGGAACCCGGGAAGUCCUGGUGCGCGGUCCUGGAGGAAAGAACCGGGAUGCUGAGGCCCAGCGCCUAGUCCCCGACGAAAAGGGUCGGACCAGCCCUCUAGGCGGCGCUCGCACCUCACCCCAGAGGUCGCCCAUAGAGCCUGCAGGGGCCCAACCUCCCCGCCCCAGCUCCCCGCAGGCGCACCCUAGCUCGAGCCCUGGAAUAACACCCAAACUGGAGACGACAACUAAGGCCCCUGAGUCCGCGGAAGCGGUCCAGUCGCCCCUCCCGCGAGAGCCCCAGGCAUUGGCUGGCAGAACGGCCCCGCCCCGGCCCCGCGCGGCCUCGGCACCUCCCACGGACCGGUCCCCGGAAGGCCCCUCUCGGGCGCGCAGGCCGCUCGGGCCCGCGACCCGGGGGAAGGUCCUGGUGGACCCCGAGAGCGGCCGCUACUACUUUUUCGAGGCGCCCAGGCAGCCUCGGCUGCGGCUGCUCUUCGACCCCGAGAGCGGGCAGUACGUGGAGGUGCUGCUGCCACCCUCGCCCUCGGUGCCACCCCGCCGCGUCUAUACCCCGCUGGCUCUUGGUCCCGGUCUCUACCCACCCGCCUAUGGGCCUGUCGCUGGCCUGUCUCUGCCACCAUCCCCAGGCCCGCCGGUCUUCAGCGGCCCCCAGCUACCCUGGGCCUCUGAGGCGGGGCCCGUGGAUGGAAUGUACUACCUGCCAAUGAGUGGGACACCCAGCCCCGCACCUCCUCUGCUCCUCUGUGCUCCACCCUCCAACUUGGGUCCCGCCCAGCCCAGCAAGGGCUCCCUGUUUCCGGUGUGAGGCCCCAGUGCAUGGUCCCCAUGGUGUUGGGGCCUAUUGAUGGCCUUGGAGGUUCUGGCAUCCAGUCCCCUGCCCUCUUUUCCUUCUGUCACCUGUUUCUUUUACACAUCUCCCGCAGGCUUCAGACCAGAAGUUACCUUCAGAGUAGUACCUGAGACACCCGGGGCUGAUGGAGCUGGAGCUUAGGAAAUGGCUGCCUACUUCCUCCCCCAACAAAAUCCUAUACCCCUUCCCCAAGCAUUCCCAGUGUGUGUGUGUGUGUGUGUGUGUGUGUGUGUAUGUGUUGUCGACUGAAGAAAGAAAAAAAAACAAAAAACAAUGUGAGAGUUGUGAGUUAAGUUUUAUUGGGGGCAAAAUGAGGACUAUAGCCCAGGAGGCAGCCUCUCAGCUCUGAGGAAAUGCUGUGAAGCAGUAGGGGGACGGGGAGUUCAGUAUGUCUGUGAUUUUGAAGGGGAAUAUGUGCGAUCAAGCACAGAUUUUGGCAGAAGGUUGGUGCUAGUCAGGAGGAGCAGAUGUAUCUGUCAAUGAUUUUGGUACUUUUCUAGAUAUGAGAAAAAUGUAAGAAAUUAAGCUCAUAAAAAUCUCCUGAAAAUAACUAUCUAAAGGCCUUUUCUGUCAGUUUUUCCCAGAGCACAGAGUGCCUCAUUCCUGGUCUCUGCCCUGAACUCGUUUCAGAGUAUGUUGAAGGUCAGCUGCUGGAGUGGCUAGUGACUUCAUUCUUGUAGAGGCAGAUGGCAGCUUUUAGUUGGCAGUGUAAAAGUGAGAAGCCCCAGGAUGUGGCCUCAGGAGCCAACUUUGAGGGGGUGUGGGGUUCCCAGGGGCUGGAGGAAAUGGGAGCUGCAGGGGACAGGGCUGUCCCCAGUGGUAGUGAGUUCUCUGUUUCUUGCUAAAGGUGGGCCCAGCUGAGGUGGAACAACCUGAUGAGAACUGGUGGGACGGAGAGAGAAGGAUGCUGGCUGUCAAAUUUGUUAUUCUUUGGAAGAGGAUCUGAGCCUUGGCCUGGGAGGCUGUGAGUGAAAAGUGGCUAGUCCAGGUCCUAUGCCAGGCUCAUCUGAGAAAGGUAGCUGUGGGGACAAUAGGUAGAGGUGGAGCAGGGAUGUAAUAUGGAAGGGGCUAUGGAGGGUCAGCCUUGGACUUGGGGUGGGGGUACUGGUAGGAAGAGGGGAUGGCUGUAGAUUUCAGCUAGGAGUGACACCUCUCAUUCUCCCCUCAACCCCAGCCUCUGACUUGGCUUGUCUAAGCCUUCAGAGCUAAGCUGGCUCAUCCUGGGGUCAAGAGUAGGGGCUCCAGGCAUUCUCACCCAGGGUGGAGGGGCAGAAGAGUGAGUCAUCAGGAAGGACUUAAAAGCAGGGUGGAAGGUUGAGCUCUUGACUCUUGUGGAUGGAGUGCAGGGGGCAGUUAGGGCUGACAAUAGAAAAGAUGCCCCUGUAUGGAGCUCUCAGCUGGUUCCACUCCCUCAGUAAUAGAUGUGGCAACCAUGCCUAGAGAGGGGCUGGCUCUACCAGAUGGUCACAGCAUGGGUAGGGACAGGACCCAGAGCCUGUGUUCCAAUUGCCCUGAGAUUCCAGGAGCGUCUGAGGAGGGCAGAGGGAGAUGCAUGUGGUGGGAGGUGCUCUGCAUGGGAGUCUGUGUGUAGUUCUGACCUUGAAGUUGCUGGGCCUUGCUGGACUGGUAUGUGGUGUGAUGAAUUUGGGGAAGAACAGUUACCAUUAGAAGCAGUGUCAGGGAUGGAAAUCAAUGCCUUCCUUAAGUUAAGCCCUCUAGGGGGCCCAGAUUCCUUGGAGUUGCUGCCCCCCUGCCUUGGACUGCAAGCUGACUGGGAGAACUAUGAGUCAGAAUAACCUGGACAUCUUCCUGUUGCCAGAGAUGCUGGUUCUGAUGGCACAGAGGGCACUGGGCCACUCCUGGGCCCCUCACCUCAUCCUGGUGUGCAAUAAAUCGCUGACCCAAGGCCAUGAUGGGUGGAACAA